GUCGCAGACUUCAGGGAAGUGUUUUGCAAUCACCUUCUUCACAGCGUCACAGCAACUAACGGCCCUGGUUUUGAGGAACUAACGGGAAAAGCAGCAUGUUAGCAAACACUCCGAGCACGGCCAGCCGCCAGCUGCCGGAGCCCCGCGCUCGGGGCGGGCGGUGAGCGGCUCCCGGGCACGCCGGACACAGCGGACAGGCAGGGAUGGAGGCGAGGUGAUGCCAAAGCCACGGAGGAGACCAUGGCCAGGCGCGGUGCUGGGACGCCCUUCCUGCGGCAGCUCUCCCUGCUCCUGCUGCUCCCCCUGGGCGGGACACUGGGCUGCGCCUUGGUAACUGUGAGCCCCCCCAUUGUGCCCCUGGGCUCGGCUGUCAGGGCAUCCUGCACCAUCCAGAGAGAGCUCUGCCAAGGCUUGGAGCCGGGGAGGGUCCGGAUCAGCUGGAUGCUGGGCAACAAGCCUGUGGCUGGGAGCCAGCGCCAGGGUCCAGGGGGCACAGAGGUGUCCAACCUCACCCUGCCCCGCUUCAACCACACCCAGGCCAGGCUGUUCUGCUGUGUGGAGUGGAAUGGGACCAAGCAACGCGUUGGCAUGGCCGAGAUCAGGGCAGGCUACCCUCCUGCGAAGCCCCUCAACCUCAGCUGCGUCCUGAACCUCGGUGACUAUGGGCUGACGUGCCAAUGGCAGCAGGGAACCGACAGCCACCUCCCCACCAGCGUCGUGCUGAAAUGCACGGGGAGCAGAGCCCAGGCAGUGACGGGCUGCACCCCACGAGGAGGGCGCAGCCACUGCACGGUGCCACGCCGGCUGCUGCAGCUGUACCGGCAAAUGGAGAUCUGGGUGUCUGCCACCAACGCCCUGGGCACGGCCGAGUCCGAGCACCUCCGCAUCGACCCCAUGGACGUGGCCAAGCUGGACCCCCCAACCCUGCAGAGCAUCCAGUCCAUCCCCUUCCAGACCGACUGCAUUGCCCUGGCCUGGGAUGUGGCGUGGGGCACAGAGCACAUGGAGCUGCAGUGUGAGCUGCGCUACCGGGCACCCGAGGACCCUGCCUGGGCCCUGGUCACCGGCAUCAUGGGCCAGGCAGGCACGGCGCAGCGCUGCGGUUUCCUCUUCGGCACGCUGUACCGCUUCCAGAUGCGCUGCCGGCGCAGCUCAGCCUCGGCACUGGCCUCCUGGAGCGAGUGGAGCCCGGGCAGGAACUACACCACCCAUGAGAAGGCCCCCACAGGGAAGCUGGACGCGUGGUGGGGGGCUCAGCCGGCCGGGGCCGGGGGGCGGCUGGAGGUGCAGCUGCGCUGGAAGGCCCCACAGCAGCGGGAGGCCAACGGGCGAGUGCUGGGCUACCGCGUGAGCCUGAGCCCCCGAAGGAGGGGCAGGGACCCCCCCACCAUCUGCAACACCACCCACACCCAGUGCAACUUCUCGGUGCCGGCGGCAACCAGGAGGGUCUAUCUGUCAGCCUACAACGCCGCCGGCGAGUCAGCACCGACAGAGGUGAUCCUCCUGGAGAGGACAGGUCAGCCCCUGGCCGGGCUGCGGGCUGUGCCCGGGGGCGAGCGCAGCCUCUGGGUGCACUGGGAUGCACCGCUGGCCCCAGUGACUGCCUACAUCCUGGAGUGGCAGCGGGUGGCAGCAGAGCCUGGGCACUGCAGCGCGUGUUGGCAGAUGGAGCAUGACGGGGCAGCCACCACAGCCCUUAUCCAGGAUGGCAUCGAGCCUUUCCAGCGCUACAACAUCUCACUGUACUCCCUCUAUGAGGGCACUGUUGGGGUGCCCGUCCACACCACAGCCUACUCCCAGCAGAAGGCACCAUCCCAUGCCCCCAAGCUUCACCUGAAGAGGAUCAGCAAGUCAGAGGCCGAGCUGUGCUGGGAGCCACUGCCUGUGGAGGUGCAGAAUGGCUUCAUCACCAGCUACACCAUCUUCUGGGCCAGCAGCAUCACCAACGUGGCCAGUGCCACUGUGAAUCCUUCCCUCAGCUCCUUUGCCAUCCGGGGGCUGAAGCCAUCGACCCUGUACAAGGUGCACAUCAUGGCAUCCACGGCUGCUGGCAGCACCAACGGCACCAGCCUGACCCUGGUGACCACAGUGCUGGAUGACACCGAGAUCCAGUUCCUCUUCCUGAGCCUGGGGCUGGUCUUUGUCGGGCUGAUGGUGCUGCUCAUCUGCUUCCAGAAGAACGAGCGGAUGAAGGAGCAGCUCUGGCCCAGCGUCCCUGACCCUGCCAACAGCAGCCUGGGCAAGUGGGUGCCGACAGCGGUGCCGCAGGAGCCGCUCCAGCUCCUCGCCGCAAGGGAGCCCGGCCCUGCCGCCAUCUCCACGGUCACUGUGCUGGAAGGGGAACCGGGCAAGCAGCCGGGCAAGGAGCACCCCGCCCUGGCCGCCGCCCCCCCGGCGCUGCCGCGGCCCUACGUGCGGCAGGAGGGUCCCGGGGAGCCGGUGCAGUACGCGCGGGUGGGCGGCGCGGGGUACCGGGGGCAGCGGCUGCUCCCCGAGCCCGCUCCCCGCUUCUACGAGAAUCUGCGGGGCCGCGGGGACGGCGGCGGCGGGGGGGACUGGGCGUUCCUGGAGGAGCCCCCCGCCACCUUCCCGCUGCUGCAGGGGCUCCGCCUCGGCGGGGCCGAGGAGCUGCACGAGUGCCGGGCGGACUAGCGCGGGAUGGAGCCGGGCAGCGACACCGGGUCCGCCAGCGGGAGCCCCGAGGUGCGGGGUCCAUCCGCGGGGCUCCAGCCGCACCUCGGGGCGCUGCCCGACUCCACCCCGCUCUGUGUGCGUGUCCCCUCCCGACCGUCCCCCUCCUAAAUAAACGGGAACGGGCUGA